AACGAUCCACUUCAUCUACCGUCACCCACAUCUACGAGAUGUUAUGGUAGAAAGCGCUGGUCUGCUGGAUUCACAUUAAGCGCACUACCGGAACGAGAGACGAUGAGUUCUAGCGACUCUUUGGCCGGUAGCCGUCGAGAGCUUGGCGUCGACACGAUGCAGCAGGGUUCCGAAAUUCAAGACAGUCCACGCGGAGCACCAAGUGUAGCAUCCACAAAGAGAGAAGAUGUCAAUUAUCAUCACUCGCAGCCACAUGUAGUUCCACAAGGAGGUAUUCCUAUUCAAGGACAAGUUCUUGUUGAUCCGGCAACUGGACAACAUUAUAUUGUGCCGCAGGCAACAUUCUUUCCUCCUACUGUUCAACCGAUGUACUUCCAACCAACUCCAACUCCUGUUUAUUAUCCUUAUGGACAAGUUCCUACACAGGGUUAUGUGAUGCAGUCGGCACCACCCCAAGCCCAAUAUUCUGUUCCAAUAGCUGCUUACCAGCAGCGGCCGUUUGGUUUUCGGCCAGGUUAUGCACAGAGUACCGCAUCUAGUGAAGACUUAAGCAGAAGAGAUGAAAGGCUUGAGGAUCCACCACCAUCGUCGCCUUCAAUUUCUUUGGCUACACAGUCAGGGUUUUUCCCUACGAAUUUCAUCCCAACAACUGCAGCGCCUUCAUUUCCUCUUCAAUAUCGGCGAGAUGUGACCCGCGCAAGCUCCGAAUUCCAACGCCUAUCUGGGGAAUUCCGAAGGCAAGGAAGUGGCGAGUUUGGCCGUUCCAAUGACAGUUUCUCACGAACUGGUAACGGCGAAACUGCCAGAUCCGAAGGCUAUUUCCGUGGUGGCGCUGCGGAGAGUGAUGUGUUCAACAGGAGCGGUGAAGGCGCGCGGAUGACUGAGCGGACUCCUCUCUACGGAGGGCCACCACCAUGGUGGGGUCGUCAUAAUGACGAUCUUGGCGAUUCACGUACGGAUGUUGAAAGCAGUCCUCGUGCUCAUCAACGAUCGUCACCGCCUUCUUCGGCGUUAUCAGAACCAGAAUCAAACCGUGUUCGACAGCUCCCAGCCAAGGCUGUUAGAAUGGACAUAGAUCUAAGUAAAGUAGGCGAAGAUGAAGCACCAAGACCAAAACCGACCAUGUCCAGAUCAGUUCGGAUGGAUAUCGAUCUCAGCAAGCUACCGGAUGAAACAAAGACUACUGAGAAGAAAGCUCCGUCACGUAAUGCUGCUACGGCGUUCACGGUCAACUUCGAUUCUGCAGAUGAAGAGCUGUCGCUCCAAGAUGCAGCGAGAAAGUCAGCACAGGCCCGCCGAAUUCUCAAUCGUCGUUCUGGAGGAGGAGGUUCGGCUACCUCAUCAGGCAGUCAGGAUAGCGGACAACGCGCCGCUCGUGAACUUCCUCAAACUAAUCCGAGCAACAAGAAUUAUUUGCUGAACAAGCUGUUGCAAGGGGAAGGUCAUAAUGCUGAGGAGAACCAAGAAGGAGCGGAAUCUGAAGAGCGCAAGGAGUGCGACGUAUCCAGCGAAGCUGGAACCUACGUAGUUGACAUGAGUUCACGCAUCGGUGGCGGUCAAGCUAGUCAGUUGAUGACGGCGAAGAUAAUUGAAGAUUCUGAUGCAUCUUCGGAUAGCAGUAGUAGUGACAGCGAAUCAGAGGGUUCACCUAUUCCUCGUCCGAAGCCUAUAGUCGUGAUUCCCAAAGCCACCGUUGUGAAAACUACGCCAGCUCAACCAGAAACAGCCCCCAAUGAGCCUACCGAUCUCACGAAGGAAAUGUCGAAAUUGCGUACACUGGCUGGGAUUCGACAAACUCCGUCUCCAGCAGAAUCACGCGCGGCUUCAUGUACUACACGUCCAUCGGGAAUGUACGAUAAUUCGCGUCCUGGUCCAGCAACUCCUCCUCAACUUCCACGUCCCUGUACCGGACGGUCUUCAUUGGGUUCUCAGCCGUCGAGCAGACCUCAGACGACAACUCGGGCGGGACAGGCCUCCUCGUCAAACGCGCCGUUCAGAAGAGGAGACGGUGGCCGGUACUCCAUGCGAGGUAAUGCUCCAGGAGUGGCACCAUCGAGCCCUCAACAAAACGUUAGAAGACCUCCUUUCAGAGCUGGCACCGCUCCAUUGAGACCUGGCGCAAACCUAGCUCAACAGAAGGAGCAGGAGAUGAAUGCUUGGCUUCGUCGGAAAGACUAUAAUCCGAUGAAAGCCGCGGCGGAGGCUAGAAAGGCGAAAGAAUUGAAAGCUAGAGGAGAGCAGUUCGUGUCGAAUCGUUCAAUAUCUUUCCAUGUUGGACCGGUUGCUGGCAAACCAGCCAGGAAAGAAGGUUUUGGAGAGAUAACUCGCAACAGAUCUCAAGAAUCUCUAGCGGUUGAGGAAGCAGAACACGCGAGUCAACGAGUAUUGGCAGAGUACUCUCGAGGUGUCGUGCAAGACAUCUCACGCCUUUCCCAGCAGAGUAGCCGCGCUAGUGGCAAAGUGAGCAGUCUCUUUUUUCGUCGACUUCGUUUCUUUGAGAGUAAAUGUAAUUUUCAGCAGCUGAGUGGCUUAGCACGUGCCGUAGAUAUGUUGUCGCAGAAGUGUAAGAAGAGCAUCGAGCUGAUACGGUCGCAGAAUAAGGGCUGUUUGUCUGUCUCUGUAGAAGAUCUCCUGGCAGCUGCUGCUGAGCCCCCUCGAAAGGGCGAAACCCUCAACGAGCAGUUGGACCGACUUUCAGAUGCGUUCGAUGCUGUGCAACGCUAUCUCGAGCAGUACUCUUUGGAUGGUCAUCAAUCCCCAAUUCCCGAUUUCACAGAUGACGCGUCUGAGAUUCAAUCAGUUGCGAGUUCUCUUACCGCACAUAGGUAG